AUGGCCUCCACUGCUUCCAGUAGUCAGCAUACUGCGGGGCGGCAGCAACAAUCGAGUCACAUGUGAGUUGGCAGCGCCUCGCCGUGUCACCUGUCUUGUGCGGAUCGUGCCCGCUGCGAUGGUCCUCCACCCCCUCCGAGCUUCCUCUGCGGGGUUGCUGGCCCUCGUAUAGCAUGGGCAAUGUCAUUAGCAUGAGUAUUGACACAAGGCACCGUUUUGGCAACUCACAGGCUAAAGACGGGACGAAGAGGUAACCCAUUCUGCAAGGUAAGCAAGCCCACCUGCCCCAGUGACCGCUGGACUCGCACCCGGCCGCGCUUGGUCGUGCACUGGCAAGCGGUGACGGCGCAGGCUCGAUCACCGCUACCCGCUUUUAUCUGAACACCCUUCUCGACUGACGUUCGGAAGAUGGCUGUAUGCCGUGUGUCUUGUGCUGACCCCGCGUCCCCUCCCACUUGUGCGUCGUGGAUCUACAGGACACGCACGAUUUGUUCGCGACGCUCAUGGUUUCGCUCGACCUUUCGGACCGCACGCGAUUCUUCCGGACAUACCCGAAUGCGUUCACAACCGACGACGCCGCAACGAAUCUCUCCUCCUUGCGAUUCUCGCAGUCAAAUCGAACAUCCGAUCCCGUCGAUCCGCAGCGCAUCGUGACAACAACGACGACGACGACGUUCUCCAUGUCGCGGGACAUCGCCAAGGGCAUCUGCCAACACUUUAUGGACGCGCGCCUCAUCGAGAACGCGGCCGACCCCAGCUCGCUCAACUUCAAAGACCGGGGCAUCUACCAAAUCACACCCAAAGGGCUGCACAUUCUCGAGCGGUUCAUCACAAAGAACGGCAUCUCAGCCGACCACCUUGUGCCCGUCUUCACGUCGCAACCCAUUUGCAUGAAGCUUCUACACCUCGAACGACGCACCUCCGAUGACGAGAUCCACAUCUCUCGGUCCGUUAUUGAUGUCGUAUUUAGGAGAUUCGCCGGCGGUCGACACCCAAAUUACAUCAAUGAGCCGCAUGACCCAAGGCCGGUGGUGGGGUCGAUCGUGCCUAGACCGUUCGUGGACAAUGCCAGACCACCGCCAGGGUUCGAUCGUGCCGGUGGGGUCGAAUUGCAGGACGUGACAGAAAAGUCCAAGGCCGGACAGCCCGUGGUCGUCAAGCAGGUUUUCUUAUCGACGCAUGGAAUCGAUUGGCUCGUCGACUAUUCGACAUGUUGCUGCCGAGAGGAGGCGGGCGAAUUGAUGGCCCACUUUGUGCGCUAUGGCCUCAUCACCCUGUAUCUCGACCGCUCCAAGACAGGGGAUCGAGUAACUGCUUCGGAAGCCAAAGGGACCACUUCGGGCGAGGCAGAAUACCGACAGGGCGCCAAGAUCUUGUACCGCAUCACCGACGACGGCCGCCGAACCGCCGCUACCCCGGGGCCAGUGUCACAGCCGACGGCGGCGUCCUCGACGCACUUCAUACCGCUCAAUGAAGCUGCUCCCCCGCUUAGCAAACCCGCUUUGAUGAAGGCUGCGAGCACGAAGAUGGAGCCCAAGGUGUUAUCAGAGGGGAAAAGCGAUAGCGACGUGGAUUCACAGACCGAUCUCGACCGGGUCGUCGACACAACGUUCGUUGGUGGCACCGGUCUGAGCAACGUCUCGGAGUCGGCAUUUGUGGGCAAGAAAGCGCUGGCCGACCUCUUCAAGUCCGACACCUCCGAUGCGGCCGUCGCCGGCUGGUCAAAAGAUCAACACUCGACGACAACCCGGUUGCGAGCGAUUCUCGACGAGCCGGCCUUGCGAGCCCUGUUCCGUGAUUUUUUGCGCGCGAACUAUUGCGACGAGAAUCUGGCUUUUUGGAUAGAUGUCACUGACUUUAGACGACGGUUUUCGACCACCUCGUCGGCCGUCGGCGGAGCAGCGCAACAAGCUGCCAAGCGGAAACAAGGCGCGGCAUCGAACGCGAUGGAGACCCAUCAGCAGAACCUCGUAGCCGCAGCGCUGCACAUCUAUCACACGUACCUCGCUCCCCUUUCGCCGAGUGAACUCAACAUUGAUCACAAUCUGCGCGCCGACGUCGUCAACUACGUGAACCGGGCCUUGGCCGAAGUUGCGCCUCCGUCCAACCGGCCGGUGACGUCGAGCGGCAGCAGCGGAGAUGAUCCCGAUAUGAUCCCCGCUCUGCGAGCCACCCAGGUCCAGACGUUGCUGCGGCAGUACGAGCGGAUACAGGAGCACAUCUUCCGACUGCUGGCCACGGAUCAGGUUCCUCGGUUUGUCAGGUAAGUCAUAAAUUUUCGCCGCCUCCAUUCAUGAUACUACAGCUCCCCUCAUCUGAUGCAAGCCCUAUCCACAUUCUGUCUCGCACAUAGAACGGAACCGUUUUUGGCUUUAAUGGAACCCGAAGCCCUUAAGAACGCUGCACCGAGCUCGACCACAAACUCGCCAGACCUCUCGAACCCCCCCGUCGCUGCCAGUCCCGCUCUUGGUGCGGGCCCACCCGCGCCGCCAGCAUGA